GGUGUUUUUUAGUGCCUUAUCGUUUGUUAAGUUGGCUGCGAUUUGGCUGACUUCCUUUUCCGUGUUAGCUGUGAAAGAAAAAACAUGCCGCUAGCAAAAGAUUUACUGCACCCUCUGCCCGCUGAGGAGAAACGCAAGCACAAGCUAAAGCGCUUGGUGCAGCACCCCAACUCCUACUUCAUGGAUGUCAAGUGCCCCGGUUGCUACAGAAUCACAACUGUGUUCAGUCACGCCCAGGGCGUUGUGGUCUGUGCUGGUUGCGCCACCAUUCUGUGCCAGCCAACUGGAGGACGUGCCAAGCUCACAGAAGGCUGCUCGUUCCGUAGGAAGCCACAAUAAAAAUGGGGACGCUUCUUGAUGAACCACAAAUUAUUAAUUUUUUAAUAAACACUCUAAAAACGUAAAGAAACUACAAA